AAAACACGCAAUCGUCGAAGCGCCAAAAUGGGCUAGUGCAGUAAUCACGCGUCAUAACAAAACAAACCGGCAAUCGGAGAUAAUAAUUAGUAAAAAAUGGACGCGUUAUUGCCGUCAGAAGUUGCGAGAUUAGUUCUCGGAUAUCUCCAGGAACAAAAGUGUGAAGAAGUAGCCAAGUUGUUCCUUGAAACUUCACCCCAUUUACAAGAAUGUAGAUUAGUUGCACAGAGAGGUGGUAGAUAUGGUACAAAAGUUUGCGGACUAAAUUUAACUGAAAUGCUAGACAAGUAUUGUACUGCAAAUUCAAUAAUUCAAGAUAAACUAAAUAAAGUAUCGGACAGUGAACAAAUAAAAAAUUGCAAUGAUAUUGCAGAGCAGCUACGAUAUCUUUUGGAGGGAUCAAGAGGUCAUAGAUUUGUUGUAAAUAUCAAUGUACCCACACAGAAUUCACCAAGUGGAUCAUUCGGGACAACAACACUUACUAGCAGUUCAAGAAAGAGGCAACAUAGUAAUAGUGAUCGGAGUAAACGUAUAGUAAAGUCAUUAAACAAUGUUUUGGAAAAAGACUCUCGAGCUUCAGCUGAAAUAAAUUGUGAUACAGUUGAGGCAACACUUCUUGAAAGUUUACCAGGUAAUAAAUCUUUAGCAAAGCAAUUUAGGGUCGAAAAUUAUACGAAUAACACUAUCAAUAAGUCUCCUAAUAAAUUAGAUUCCAUACAAAAUGUUACUAAAGAAAGUAGAUCCCAUGUGUUUACUUCUGUUGGUACCCAAUCAGAUUUAAACAUGAUGCAAAAUACUCAUGAAAAUCAGUCGAAUGAAAGUAUUUUAACAAAUAAUUUAGUACAGAUACCAAGUAAAUAUUCAGCAGGAACUAGUAUUGAACAACCAAUGAGUUAUUGUAGUACAGAAGUACAAACUGCCCCGUUGGAUUUACUUGAUACAGAACAUUAUAUUAAUUACGAACCGUUUACAAAUUUGAGUAUAUUAACAGAAGCGUUAAUACAUCGUCGGGAAUUAGCUGAGCAGAUAGCUGAGAAUAUCAAUAAAUCUAUAAUUCCUAUACAAGAAAGUGAUCACGAAAAUUCAGAUGCCAACCUAUCAUUCUUACAAGGCUUUGAUAGUGCUGUCAAAUCUGCCGUAGAAACUACUGACAAAGUUUUAGAAGGAUUAUUUAACGAAAUGUUCACAGUUGCUAACACCAAUCAAAACGAAGAUUCUAAUGGAAAGUCCGAUAAAAAAAUAAACGAUGGAGUUUAUAUUGAAAGUGGCAAGGCAAUGGAUGUUAAGAAUAAUACUGAUUUUAUAAGUUCAAAAUCUGUUCAACAAUCUAAAAGGCCUGAAGUACCAUUGAAACAAAGGUUACGUAGUUCCUCCAGAUCUCAAACUAAUCUUGAUGAGGAUGAAGAAGAUAGCAAUUCUCUCCUAGACAAUCAAAACGAAGAAGCAAUAAGAAGUAUUGUUGCAAAUGCAUUAGCUAAUAAACAAAGUUCAAUAGCAGAGAGUUCACCACUAGUAACGACAGAGAAUACGACUUUUAGCAAUGUUCAGCAGCCAGAAUUCGUAGUUCCAGAUGAGAUACCUUCUAUAGACAAUGAAAAUAUUGAACCGAAUAAGAACGCCAAUAAUUCAAAGCCAGCAAAGCCAAGAAGAAAUUCACGCAAGCCAAGAACUCCUAAGCAAAAAGCAGCCGCAGUCGAAGCAAAAGCUGAGGAGAUAAAAAUGCAAGAACAAAAUGUAAUGACCAUGCCAACUUUGAUUUUAUGCUCCGAAAAUGAAGUUAAACCAAGUCCACCUCUUCUCCCAACAAAACAUGACGGUUACUUACCUAUCGCUCCAAAGCCACCGUUAACAGUCAACUCAACAUUACCAGUUCUUCCGGAUCAUCCAUCAGUCGACGCAAAAGCACCGAAGAUUUUUCUACGUACGGUAAACGUGCCGCGUCACUUGGUAAAACCCGCACAAUUCGAGACAUCGGCUGCCGCGAAUCAGUUGAUAAUGCAGUUAAAGGCUAGUCCUCAAAAAAGCAACGUAACUACAAGUUGCAGUGGAUCACCAAUUGUCGUUCCUAUCGUUAUUACAGAUGAGAAACAACAGCAGCAGAGAGAUAGCAGCCAACAACGAGGAAUAGAAUCCAUCACCCUCUAUGGCGAUGACAGUAACUCGGAGGUGAGAGUAGCGGCGCCAGCCGCCUGCAUGCCUGUAAUCAGCCUCGAUGAGUCGGCUUGUAAUUUGGCUGUUAGCCCCGGUUUAUCGCCGUUCUUUAAGGGCAAUCUUAUUGCUGAAUUGACGACACAAAUAAGCAAAGAUCAGCCUAUGACUGCUCAAACGAAGAAACUGGUGGAGAACCAAAAAACAACGAAGGUGAAUGAUGAUGAAGAUGAGCCCGAGGAACAGAAGCAAAAUAAUGAUAAAAAAUAUGUAGAGCAGUCUACGAUUGAAAAGAAUAUAAAAGUGAAGAUAAACGAGACGACAAAUCCUAUAAUUGUUAUCACUACAUCAGAUACAGGUAAAACUGUUUCAAGUGAAAAAGAAACUAAUAUGAUAGAACCAAAUUUCGAGAAUGUUAAAUUGAGUGCGGAUAAAAACAGCAAAUUAAUUUCUGAAGUAAAUGAAAAUAAAGUGAAUGGUGAGAUUGUUUGUGGAGCGAACCAGUGCAUAAUCAAUGAAAAAUUAAUUGUCAUAGAAAAAGAGAAUAAAAAUGAGGAAAAGGAAAGUAGCAAAGUGAUAAAAAAGUCUAUUGCUGUGAAAAAAGAUACUAAAUCAGAAAAGAAAUCGAUACCUGAAAACAAAGAUAGUGAAACCGAAAAGAAACUAGUGUCAGUUAAAAAAGACAUCACACCAGAAGAGAUUCCAGUACUUGUACAAAAAGAUAGCAAAAAAGACGAAAAAGUAAAUAAUGAGAGCAACAUCAAAUACAUCUUGCGAAGAGCUGAUACGAUAAUCACCAAACGUACUCCAAAGUCCCUCUUAAAAGAUAGAUCAAAGAAUAAUCGUCUCAGCUUAUCAACUCCACGUCGUCGCAAAAACCAUGUACGAGCAUUAGACUUCGAUGAGAGAACUCCUGAACACAGUGUCAACAAACAAAAAAUACCUCUAUCUUGCAUAAAACCGAAAUCCAGUGUUGUUCAAGGUUUAUUUCAGUCACCACCGUUUUCUGGUGAAAUUUCUCCAGUAACUUUAGCAGAAUCAAGUGCAGAACCGAUUGCAGAGCCAAGGCCAGUGAAGAUGCACGUGGCAGUACCACCGAUAGCAACAAGAAGUCCUUUGCCGCAGCUUCAGGGUAAUUGGAAUAAAGUUGCUGGUAUCGGAAUGAUUCUUGGUGACAGUGAAAGCUCACCGGAGAAGUCUAAAUCGGUGUUAAAUUUAUCAACAAUUGUAGAGGAAAAAGAGCCUCAGAAGUGUUGGGAUAGCGAUCUGAGAAAGAUAGUCGGUGCUGUGAAUGAGGAGGAUGAUCAACGACCGAAAAGUGCCAAGAAAUGUCGCAAAAGAAACUCGAUUAAAAGCAAGACGAUCGAGGAACCGAAGAGUACAAAAAAAAACGCUUAUAAGACACCAAUGUCUGAUAGUGUUCAGGAACUAAAAAUUACACCGCCUUCUGCAAUUAUUAAUCCAAGGAUCGGUGUUCCAAUAAAAACCUCUCCAGAACUUUUAGCGAGAUUUCGAGAUCUUCAAACGCCUUGUAAAGUUGAGACAGCUGAUAUACCAGCUACUCCACGCGUUAUGUUCGCUACUCCAGGCGGCGCUUGUCUCGUCAAGAUUGGUUCCGGAAAGGAAAUAAGUAUUAAGGAUUGCGUCAACACUCCUGACUUCCCAAAAACUCCUUGUAUUCUACUUACACCAAAGAUUGUCGAGGAAGAAGCGCACGAAAAAAAGUCAUCGCCGUAUUACGAGCCAAGUGAGGGUACGACACUCAAAAAGAAUGUCAGUAACGAGAAAAUUGUGGUUCAGCAAAUAACGACGGUCAUGAUACAAAAUAAAAACGUCAUGGAACUGCAAGAAAGUAAAACUAUAGAAAUGACAAAGUUCGGAGUUAUUGAAGAGAACAUGGCACAAAAAGAAAUUAAAAAAGCAGAAUCCACGUCCGAGGAUAACUCGAAAGAUAUUAUCGAGGAAGAAAGUCUAGGAGAAACAAAUGCCAGUGCAGAUACAACAAAUACGGACUCGGACAGUGAUUCGGAUUCUGAUUCCAACAGUACAACAUCAUCUUCAUCGUCCAACAGUUCGUCUUCCGAUUCGUCAAGUUGCUCAAGCAACGUGUCUUCACCAACGAAAUCAAUCAACAUCUCUCAGCACGAUAACUCAACGACUGAAUCUGAAGUGGACAGUUCACAGAAAGUUUCUAGCGGUUUUUCACGAAUAAAUCGCGAGGAAACUAUAUGUCAUGAUAAAAAUCCAUCGGAAAAAGAAAAUCCACCCCCACCAUCAUCAUCGCCAAAAGGGAUCAAAGAAAAGUCUCCACAGGUGCAACAACUUACUUCUACAAUUUCAGCAAUUAUCACGAACGAGAAGCCCAUUUCCAAGUUGUCUGCUAAACCAAAAAUUAUUAAUAUUCAGACGAUAUCAGCACCAAUAGGAAUUUCGAGAGAGGAACUAGAGGAGAAAAGGCAGCGAGUGAUGGCCAAAUUCAAACAAAAUUCUAACGCGAAAAGACCCGUUACUGUGAAAAGAGUGAUUGCAGUAAAAAAAGUUCAGGUAAAGCAGGCAGCAAAGAUUGUUAAACAGCCGGUUGUUAAAAAAAUAAAACCUAGUCCAAAAAACAAAGUUCCCGCAGUCAUCAAUCAACAAGCAAAACCGAAAAACGCAUUGGAAAGUGAAAAAGAAAAUACUAAAACUAAAGUAGAUCAAGUCAAGCGAGAUUUGUUUGCGCCCAGUGAUGAAACUGAACAGAGAACGACAAGAUCGCAGACUGCUAAAAAAAACAUCGACGAAAAUCCUCGACUGCCGGGUGUGCUUGAAUGUCUACAACUUAUUCCAGCAAAUAAAAGUGCCGAAGAACCGCUUGAUCAAGCUGUAAACGGUUUGAGUAACAGUCAGACAAAUACUCUGGAAGUAUCUUUUGUAUACGACGAUUCGGUGCCCAUAAAAAAGCGUAAAAGAAAUUACAGUAGCUCUGAAUUGGAGAGCGAAUACGCGUUUACUUUUCCGGAUGAGGACGAAGUACUUAUUAUGAAAGUGCAACCUUAUGAAGAAAUUUUCAAAAUGGCACCGAAGAUGGUGAAAAAGAGUCCUAAAAAAUCACCAAUCAAAUCCAAAAGAAAGGUUGUCAAGUGUCCUCUACCUGUAUCGUCGCCAAUGAAGAAAGAUAAAUUGCAGAAAAGGAAAUCGUGUAAAAGAAAAGUUUCUUUUAUCAAGGAAGAGAAGCCGGUUGAAAAAAAAAUGAAAGCGGAAGAGAAAACUUGUCUCGACCCGCAAGCAUUGUUUAAAAAAAUCGACGUAGACAAGUUCUUGAAGACAGUGCAUGUAUCUAAGUAGGAUUUUUUUAAUCAAAUGACAUUCUAGUUUUAUAUCGUUGACAUUUGUAAAUAGUCGUGACGUACUAUAACUCGUAACAAAGUUGUUAUUUAUUAUCAAAAAAAUGCGUUUAUAAAUUAUAAGUUAUAUUUUUAUACCAAAUCGAUUAGAAAUUAUCAAAGUAUCUUUUGUUACUCAAAGUACAAGAAUUAAACCGAAUUGGCAACAUUUCAAUGAAAGAACACUUUGUAAUAAAAUACAGUAACUAAACAAAUCCAGUUUAAUUCCUAAAAAGGCUUUGAAUUUUUCUUGAAUUAUGAAAGAAAAAGUGUAAUACAAAAAUAAAUACUUGCUAGGAAAAUAAACAGAGUCUGUAUAGUUUUCAAUUAGGUUUUCAAGUUUUCAUCUUUAGUUAGCUUCUAGAAUAAAAUACAACCAAAUUUUA